GUCAACCGUGUUCCUCAACUAGUCUUCCUCAAAUAUCCAAGCAUUUUCACAACUACUUCGUACCACCUAUUUUUGAAAUCUACUGAUUGUUGGAUUGUGAAAUGACUGGCGUUCAAGUGACUUUUACUCCAUGAGAAUGCAUGAGGCCAGUCGAUGCUGGAGAAGGAGACAAGGAAGUUCACGUCUUCUACUACAAUAAACAGGAGAAAAAAUGUAUGCCAUUUAUCUACAAAGGUGAAGGAGGCAAUAGAAACAGGUUCUCGACAAUGCGAAAAUGUGAAGAGAAAUGUGUGAAGGGGAGAGAAAAAGAAAAGCCAAAACGCAAACCACAUACGCCAUCAUCACGAGGUAUGGUGCAAACCGAUAAAGGAAUAUAGACAUUUGGACCACAUAAUCCAAUCCACAGACAAAUAAACAUGCGUUUCCAA